CCCAGCUGAUCGCUGGCGAUCGAAACUCGCAGGGCUGCCGAUGGAAAUGCUUAGAAAAAUCUCACCGGAAGUAAGCAUCUGAGUGGUAACAAAUGUGUCCCUCUCAAUUCAUCACCGACACCACGAGGAGACACUAACUUUGAUUUUGACCAAAACAAAUUUUCGAAAAAAAACCGUGAAUUUCACUGUCAAGAUAUCAAAAUAGCCUUUGGGGAAUGCGAAUCUCUGAUGUAUAUAUCAAACCAACCAAUACACAAAAACAACGAAUUGAACCAACAUGGCAAACUUUUAAGAAAUCCAGACAGCAACGCCAACUUCAUGCAUGUUAACAGACCUUCAAUGGGUAGUGUGUCAUCACAGAAUCAAGCCACUGCCGAAAACGAUAACUUUCCUCCAGCAUCCUCUGAACACAGUCAGAACCGUCAGCCAGAAGGCAUUCAAGAAGAAAGUGUUAUUAGUGAAAAAGCUAAUGAGAACAGAAUUGAUGAAGAUGAUAGGGUACACAGAAUAUCUUGGGCACAGGACCUGCGUAGAACAUACGAUAGACCUCCAACUGAUGGACAAUCAUCGCCGCACAUUUCUGCAUCAAAUGGUAGACACUCUGCCAGUCGAGGCAUGUCUCCUGUAGAGGAGAAAUCAGCUAGGCCUUAUUCCAGUGCAUCUCCAGCACUAUUAUAUGCUACAAAUGCUCCUCACCUAGCCAAUCAUUCUGUGUUACAGUAUACUUCACCACCCAUGGUACAGUAUAGCACUGUACCUGGUUUUCAUUAUGCACCAUAUUAUGAGCCGUUUGUACAUCUGCCGGUUCAUUCAACAGUGAUGAGAACAGCACAGUCUUCCUGUUCAGAGAUGCUGGCAAAUAUGGGAAGCCAGGUGAGACCAGGACCUCUUUUACCUCAUUCCUUGCUACCGACCACUGUUCCUCCCUAUGGAGCAAUUGAGGGCUCACCAUUACCAUCGCCAAGGGAGUAUCCCACACCAGGCUAUCCCAUUCCCGGAAGUGGAAUCUAUGUUGUGGGCGUUGAACCAGGCAGUCGUAGCCGGCAUGCUUCAGGUGAACAGUGGCAAGGGAAUGAGAAAAAUGAAGAAAAUCCACAUCCCCAUCCUGCACGGGAGAGAUGGGAAAGUCAUGAGAGAAAAAUCCAUGAAGUUGAUGCUAAAACUGCUCAUAAUGAUGGAAAAAGUUCAAGAGGACCCUCUCCAAGAGAUUUACAUUCAUCAGGUCACCAUGUCCGAUUUAAAGAACCUCCAUACCAGACAGAACUGAAACAAGAAAGAGCGUACCACGAAUCACCAAAGGUAGCCCAUGUCCUUCCACUUCAGCCAGCACCGAGAAAAGAGCAGUAUCCACACCAGUUACCUUCUGGGAACAUGCAAUCAUUAUACGCUAACGCUCUGACCAUACAAACAUCAAUGCAGUCACCUCCACAACUCGUAUCUCCUCCGGCUGCAUAUUCCAGUUUGCAGUUACAGCUUAGUCCAACACCUCAGGUUCGCUCAUCAACGCAUGCAACAUUUUCGCAGAAAACUCAACUGGAUGUUAUUGAGUCACAGGAAGCUUACAAUACCUUACGAAUGAAAGAUUCUCCUAAAGCAGCCAAUAGAAGCGAUGUCAAGAUGUUACAUGGGACGAAUACUUCGCACACCUACCCUCAACCUGCUACUCACAAACUGACUGCCGAUGCAGAGUAUCCCGGUCCGUCCACCUUCCCCUCAUAUUUUACACGUGGCUCAGUGAUUCAGUUGGCUAGUGGUGUAUUGAAACGAGUGGAAGACUUGUGCACUGACGAUUUCAUCCAAAGUGCGGCAGUAACUGAUGGUCUUAAGAUUGAUUCAAGUACAGUAGUGAGAAUAGAGGAUGUAGCAAAGAAGCCGGUGGCUAUAAUCAGCUUCUCAGUAGGAGAAAACCGUGAACAGGUUACCGUUGAAGCUACUUUGGAACACCCUUUUUAUGUGUUUGGUCAUGGAUGGUCUUCAGUCAAUCCCGAGUUAACAUUGCUUCGAUAUAAUCUCGAAUGCCACAAACUUGCUGUCGGGGAUGUGUGUGUGUCGCUUACUCCAAAGGAAAAGCCCCCUUUCCAUAAGGAAGAACACCCAGAAACUAUUCAAAGGACUUAUACUGGUAAUAAAAGACAGCGAGUGACAUACUUGAAAAAUCCUUCAGAUCCAAGAGACAUUGAUAAGAAUAGGGAUCCAUAUAGCUCGUCUGAACAAAGGCAACACAUUAACACUGUUAACCCCAUGGAACAUUGGUAUCGCCCUCCAGGGAUACAUACGGACAAACAUAACAAUCUAGCCAGUGAACUGAAGUCUCUUGAUGUCUCCAGUUCUGGCUCUACAAGGAAUGUGUCACAGGUAAUGUGUAACACUAGAACAUCAAAUGCCUCUGCAAGGCCGGACAGCAAAUCCAGUUCCAUCAAAGGUAAGCAUACGUACCAGACUCUAGAGGAGGUAAAAGAGGAGGAGGAAGAACCUUCAGAACUGGUGACAAAACAAAAGACAAGCCAUGGAAAGACCAUUGAAGAGCCUGUAGACCAUCUUGCCAAGAUCACAAUUGCUCGAUGAAUACAAGAUGCUGACGACAAGUCUCCAUUUUUAAUGAGGAAAAAUUGAAUCUCUGGUGGCCAAAGUUAAUGGAUUUUUAAAGUCAACAAUUUUAUUUUUUACUUUGUGUGAUUCUUAGUGUUUUGUGCUGAUUAUGAAAAUGAUGGUUUUUGUUUUAGACAUGCAGUUGAAUUUGCUUGCUUAAAAAAAAAGCAUGAAAGCAUUAGUGACCAACUCUGGCAAAACCCUACAUUCGUCGCAAUUUCUAAUUUUGCACUAGCACCAAUCACAAUUUUGAUUUAAAUAUAAUAUAUAAUAUUAUUAAAGAACAUUUCUGCAAUAUAUCAAUCACUAACUCUAACUGAAGUGUAUAGUAAAAUAAUCCCAAUAUUGGUAAUGAACUAUUGAUUUUGGAACCUUUGGAAGCUGUUUUCUCAAAACCUACAUGGUUGAUAUCCAGUAAAUUAAACACUCAUGCAAAUACUCAACCAAUUUCCAUUAAAUAAACAUUAAAAGUGGAAUACAUGAAGAAUUUUAAAAUACCAAAAACUCCAAAAAUUUUUCAUUUUUCCUAGAAAACGGUUGGUUUUUUGCCAGAGCUGGUCGCAUUUUAUUCAGUGUUCAUUUAUAGAGGCUUCUCCAGUUACAUAACAUUUCGAGUACAGGUGAUGAUAGUUCAUUGUUGAAGUUUUAAAAAUAUAUGCUUUCUGUAAAAAUAUGAAAUUCUGUAUUGGACACUAUUAGUGUUAAUAAUAAUAAUGUAAAGUUCCUGUUCACCAUCCUCGUUUAAAAUAGCUUGCGUCAUUGUUUUUGGUGACAUUUUUGUGUCUGUCACUUUGAGAAUCAAUUUUUUGUCAAUCAUAACUCAGAAGCUUUUUUCAAUAGUUGGAACCAGGAAUACAUGCGUCCCACAAUAUACUCGACCAGUGUCUGGUCUACGAAUGGCUGUAAUUGUUAGGACCUUCACAAGUAUCAAAGUGCCAGGGUUUAAUGCACCAGUGACUUAUCUAAAUUUUUGAUGAAUGUACCGUAUAUUUCGCAAAUAAGGCAAUCUGUGUAUAAGCCGACCCCAAGUUUAAGAAGAUAUUUGGACGAUUUUUUUUAUAUCAUAAUCCCCCCCCCCCUGUGUUUCACUGUCGGAAUUCCUACAUUUUCCUGCUCUUUAUGGACUGGAUGCUGCAUCUAGCUGGUUAAAAACGGAGCCAAUUGAGGGCUAAUCUUCCAAAUAGUACCAUUGUAUGGUUAUUUCUGUUCAUCAGAAUCUUUAAUUUCCCCACAUUUAAAAUUGCGUUCAUUAGUAUCUUCAUUUCGGUAGUAAAUCUGCAUGUAAGACGAACAUGAUUUAAAAAUUAAACAUUUGUAUGUGACAGUUGCGCACAUAGAUGACCUCCUGUUUUUUUUAUUGUUAAUUGUUAUUUUAAGACUUGUCUUAUAUGCAGGAAUAUACGGUGAUUUUACCAAAACAUAAAAUUGCGUAUUAAUUAUUAUUACACGAUGAUGUAAGCAUUUCAUUUUUUUUAUUUUACUAUAUAUAUUUGUACACACUGAAGUUGAUUUCACCCUCGGGCCAUUUUGCCGUUGUUCAGUUAAACUGGAAGAGAUAUUGAAAUUCUUCAGAGAUAGGUGCGGAAAUUAUAAAGAACAUUAAUGGGUACAGGAUGUAAAUCCAAAGGUUGCUCCAUGUGAUUUUAAUAAUUUUUUUUUAC